AUCCGUCCCUUUUCCUCACCCAAAAUCACUGCACCCAGCCUCCUCCUCAACUUCUAGUCUAACCCCAUGUCCCCCUUUGACCAAUUUAGAGCUGCAAUUCCCACGCAACUCGCCUUCACAGACACUGCCGCCUUUCCCAGCUCCUAGUGUAGCCCUACCAGCACGUACACUGGGUUGCAGUGUGCUCCGCCCCCUGCGCCCCGCCCCUCCCUUUCUGCGCCAGCGGCGCCACAUCCCAUCAGUGGGCGGCUCCUCCUAUCCCUCCACCCCCAACCUCUGGGAAGCACCCACGACCGGUCGCCUUGCUACUCCGGGCUCCCUGUCCUGGCUGCUCACUGGACUGGAGGCAUGGCGGUGUCUUGGCGGAGCUGGCUGGCCAACGAAGGGGGCAAGCACCUCUGUCUGCUUCUCUGGCUCUCCUGGAAUGUGCUGCUUUUCUGGAAAACCUUCCUGCUGUAUAACCAAGGGCCGGAAUAUUACUACAUUCACCAGAUGUUGGGGCUAGGAUUGUGUCUAAGUAGAGCCUCUGCAGCUGUUUUGAACCUCAACUGCAGCUUCAUCCUCUUACCUAUGUGCAGAACACUCCUGGCUUACCUCAGAGGCUCCCAGAAGGUUUCAAGCAGGAGAACCAGAAGAUUGCUGGACAAAAGUAGAACAUUUCAUAUAACCUGUGGUGUUACCAUCUGCAUUUUUUCAGGUGUGCAUGUGGCGGCCCACCUGGUGAAUGCCCUGAAAUUCUCAGUGAAUUUCCGUCAGGACAUGAUUGAACUGAAUGCAGCCAGAUACCAAGAUGAGGACCCUAGAAAACUUCUCUUCACCACUAUUCCUGGCCUGACGGGGGUCUCCAUGGUCUUAGUCCUCUUCCUGAUGGUCACUGCUUCCACGUACGCUAUCCGACUCUCAAAUUAUAAUAUCUUCUGGUACACUCACAAUCUUUUCUUUGUCUUCUACAUGCUGCUGGUGUUGCAUGUUUCUGGUGGUCUCCUCAAGUAUCAGACUAAUCUGGACACCCACCCCCCUGGCUGCCUCACUAUAAAUGGAACCCAUCCACAGACUACCCUCUCAGCAGACUUUCUCACAGAACAUCCCCAUGUGUCUUUCCCUGGAGGGUUUUCAAGAGCAGAUGAGUUUCCCCAGAAUAACCUCAUGAAGAUCUGUAUGGAAGAACCCAGGUUCCAAGCCCAUUUCCCACAGACCUGGCUGUGGAUUUCUGGGCCCCUGUGCCUAUACUGUGCUGAGAGGUUAUACAGGUGUAUCCGCAGCAACAAGCCAGUUACCAUCAUCUCAGUCACAAGUCACCCCGCUGAUGUUAUGGAAAUCCAGAUGGUCAAAGAAAACUUCAAAGCCCGACCUGGCCAGUAUAUCAUUCUGCACUGUCCCAGUGUGUCUGCAUUUGAGAAUCAUCCAUUUACCCUCACAAUGAACGAUUUCGAGAUCUGUUGCUUCCUUCAUCCAGUGAAGAUUCAGAGAUUCUGCCCUUUAUUCAUUCUAGAAAGUAUCCCAGGAUCUACAUUGAUGGUCCAUUUGGAAGUCCAUUUGAGGAGUCACUGAACUACGAGGUCAGCCUCUGUGUGGCUGGAGGCAUUGGAGUGACUCCAUUUGCAUCUAUACUCAACACGCUGAUGGAUGACUGGAAACCAUACAAGCUUAGAAGGCUGUAUUUUAUCUGGGUGUGCCGAGACAUUCAUUCCUUUCAUUGGUUUGCAGACUUACUUUGUGUGUUG